AUGGAGUUCUACCAAAAAGUAAAAAUCCAGGAAUUUAAAAAUGAAUUGAACGACAAAAGGAAAGACAAAAACUAUGCGAAUUUGAAGCUCAAUUUAAAGAAAGUCCUUACGAAUAUCACGAUGGGCUACGAUUUGUCUCCUCUCUUCAAAGACGUCUUGCAGUAUAUCAUUAUAAAAGACAUACAAGUUAAGAAGCUUGUCUACUUCUACUUGAUCGCCUAUGGUAAGCAAAGGCAGGAUCUCAUACACCACCCGAUCAACCACCUUCUCAACGACUGCGCCGAUAGGAAUCCGCUCGUUAGAUCGCUCAGCUUGAGGACAAUGUCGAACAUACACCUCCCCGUCGUUAGCCAAUCUUUGUUGGACCCCCUACGUCACUGUCUAUCGGACGCUGACCCUUAUGUUCGUAAAACUGCAGCCAUUGCAGUCGCAAAAAUCUGGUUCAACAACCCCCAGCUAGUGGAGAAAGAAGGCUUGAUUAGAUACCUCCGUGAUUUGUUAGCUGACAGUAACGCAUCCGUCGUCGCAAACUCUGUAACCGCUUUGAACGAAAUCGCAGAGAAAUCAACAAAUAUCUCACUCAAAUUAAACAUCACAAUAGCGAACAGGCUAAUCAGCUCACUCGGCGAGUGUUCAGAAUGGAGUCAAAUAUACCUCCUCGAGUCUUUGUUACACUUCACCCCUGAAAACUCUCAAGACGCAACUAUUUUAGUUGAGAGGAUUUCCUCAAGAUUGCAACACUCUAAUAGCGCCGUCGUUUUGACGUCGACAAAGAUAAUUCUCUACCUUUUCAAUUACAUAAAAGACGAAAGCGUUAUCAACUUCUACUGUAACAAGUUGUCCCCACCACUUAUUACACUCUUGAGCUCCCCACCAGAGGUUCAGUAUGUCGCUUUACGUAACGUUCUCCUCAUCAUACAAAGACGUCCCGUCAUUUUGAAGAACGACGUCAAAGUCUUUUUUGUCAAAUACCUCGACCCAAUCUACGUCAAGCUCGCAAAGCUCGAAAUAAUUUACCGUUUGGCUAAUCAAAACAACUAUGAAGAAAUUCUCACAGAGUUGGUCGAAUAUGCAACAGAAAUUGACGUUGAUUUCGUCAAAAAAGCUAUCAAGUUAAUUGGUAGGCUAGCGAUCAAAAUUGAAUCAGCUAGUGAUGCCUGCGUUAGAAGUCUUUUAGAUCUCCUCAAUAAUGAUAUCACUUAUGUCACUCAGGAGGUUAUCAUAGUUUUUAGAGAUAUAUUUAGAAAAUACCCAAACAGAUACGACAACUAUAUACCCGAUUUAACAUCCAAUUUGGAUGCAAUAACUGACUCUGAAGCAAAAUCAUCUAUGAUUUGGAUUAUCGGUGAAUGCGCAGACAAAAUACCAAACAGUAAUGAACUCCUUGAUGACUUUUUAUGGAACUUUAUCGAUGAAACAAGCGAUGUUCAACUUUCACUUCUAACAGCAACAGUGAAGCUUUUCAUAAAAACGCCGCAUCAGGGUCAAGAUUUGGUACCGAGGGUGUUGAAUUGGGCGACACAAGAUAUUGACAACCCAGACCUUAGAGAUCGUGCGUUUUUGUAUUGGAGAUUGCUCUCAAAUGAUCCGAAUGCGGCAAAAGAUAUUAUCUUGUCUAGUAAACCAACAAUUAGUACCGAAGUGGAUAAGAUGGAUAGGUCUUUGCUAGAUAGUCUUUUACUUCAUGUUGGCUCACUCAGUUCUAUCUACCAUAAGCAACCUUCGGCGUUCAUCCGUGGAGCUAAACCACGCUAUCUUCCGGAUUCACCAGCGCUAGAUUCAUAUUCUAGGAGAGCGGCUCAGGCAGCUGCUGCCAGACACGACCAUCCAACACCUUUACCUAGUGUACCAUCUCCUGAGCAUCCUACGGAAGAAUCACCAGUUGGCAUAACCCAAUCGCCAACUUCAAUGCGCCCUGUGUCAGUUGUAGAUAACAUCAACCCAUCUGAUAGUUCCGCGAGACAUAACCUCGCAGCGGAUAUCUCAAGAAUGUCAAUCAUCGAUAGUAUGUCACCAAGUCCAUCACAGACUAUGUACUCUCCAACAUCACCAGUCACACCAGGUGCAUACACUCCUCUAAGUGAAGCCAACACUGGUGGAGAUGUCUACAACAAUGAUCCAUCAAAUCCAUACGCUGCAUUAGGUGAUGCUUUUGAUGAUAGUCCUGUUUUGCACUCUAGUGACACUCAGUUAGAUGAAUUCUUAAUUUAAUAUAGCUAAGUUAGCCAAAAUAAGCAAGAUAGCUUUUAGUAAAGGAUUUUUAAACUAAUAUCAC